GGUUCGAAAGGGAGAAACCUCGCCUCUCUUCUCCCUUUUUCCUCCCCCUCGAGAACGACGCUGUCCUCUCCGCGGAGAAGAAGGCCGGGGACGAAAUCUGAAUCUAAAUCUUGCCACCGUUUCGCCUCAAUCCGAUCUCGUGGUACCGGGAUCCCGGUUCUUGAAUCCGACGCUGAAUCGAGGCGUCGGAGAUUGGGGAUUCGAUGUGGAAUUAGGGUUUCUAGUGCCUGUUUGCUUCUAUUAUGUCUAAUCGGGUCAACAUGGUGUCGAGAUCUUCCCUCACGAAGAGUGUGAACAAUGGGGGCAAAGACGGGAGCGGCAGGACGCAUCUCUACUUGAAUGUUUAUGAUCUGACGCCGGUGAAUAAAUACCUGUACUGGUUUGGGCUCGGGGUCUUCCACUCUGGGAUCGAAGUUCAUGGCAUGGAGUAUGGAUUUGGAGCACAUGAGUAUCCAACUAGUGGAGUAUUUGAGGUGGAACCGAAAAGCUGUCCUGGUUUUAUCUUCAGACGCUCUGUGUGGCUGGGUACCACUGAUAUGUCUCGUUCAGAAUUCCGCUUAUUUAUUGAAGACCUUGCUGGGAAAUAUCAUGGUGACACCUAUCAUUUGAUCAUCAAGAACUGCAAUCAUUUUACAGAUGAAGUCUGCAUGCGUUUGACAGGAAAGCCAAUUCCAGGAUGGGUGAAUAGACUUGCCCGAUUAGGAUCAUUCUGCAACUGUAUUCUCCCAGGCAAUAUUCGGGUUUCAACAGUCGGACAGUUACCAACUCAUCCAGCUUGUUCUGAUGACGAGUCAGAUUUGUUCGCUUGGUCAUCUGCAGAUGAAAGUGAUGAGGAAGAUGCAGACUGUCACCCCCUAAAGAAACCAAACAUUGAUUUUGUUCAUUCAAUUGACGAGCCAUUACGGCUUGCUAGAGAUGUCAUGUAAUAUUUUUUCCUGCCACAUUGUUUCUGUCUCUGUUUCUAACUUAACCACCAAUUUUUUCAUGUA